AUGCAGAUGGGUCCAAUGAUGGUAAUGGAGGGUCCAAACGGUAUGCAUCAAGCGUUUCCACAACCAUCGCAACAUAUUCAACAACAACCGCCGAUCACUUCCAGUAUGAACAGAUCACAAAGAUGUGGUGUAUGUCGUGGCUGUCAGUGUAAGCCAUGUGGACAGUGCACGUACUGCCAAGAUAGCCCACAAUUCGGCGGUCCAGGCGUCAAAAAGCAGAGCUGUAUCGAAAGGAGGUGUUUGCGUGUGUUAGAAAACAGACUACAGAGAGAUGCGCCCACGUUCAAGGCACGUGUCGGAUGUAAUCAAUGUGAAGAUUGCAGAAUGCCCGAUUGUCAAAUUUGUCUAGUCUGUUUAGAUAAA